AGAGGAAGGAGUAGGAAGAUGGCAAGAAGAGAAAAAAGUAAGAAAAAGGAAGAGUUAAUGGUGGAGAAGUGGAAACUUGUGGGGAAAAGAGGAUGCCCUUCAACUCCCCCACCCACUUGGAGACUUGAGUUUCCAUCUAAGCAGAAUGGUAACAACAAAAACGUGGUUCAAGAGUUCCUCAACUUUCCCACAUCUACACUCUCUGCCAGAAAGCUUUGUGCCAAACUGUGGGAAAUUCAACCCCACCAACUGGCCCCACUUCCCACAAUGAGCAAACCUGGAAUCAGGCUUCGCAGCCACUUUCACCACCGCAGGGACAAUCUUCUUCAGCUUUCUAAACAUAUGUCUCAAACUCCUCAUAGCCCCCCUCACCAGACAGCAUCUGGUAGGGGCUUGAGAAGACAUGUUCAAACAUCACUUGUCCACCACCGUAGAUCAGUUAAAAGAAAUGAUCGCACUCUACAACCUGUAUCCCCUGCUAGUUACAGUAGCUCCAUGCAAGUUGAAGCGUACAAUCAUAUAAAUCCUAUUCACUCUUUAGAAUUCAAGGGUAGAAUUAGAGAGUCAAGUCACAGCCCUGAAUCAUCCAAAGAGUUACUCAAGGUACUUAACCAUAUCUGGUGUCUCGAAGAACAGCAUGCAUCAAAUAUAUCAGUAGUGAAAGCCCUGAAACUGGAACUCAAUCUUUCUCGAACACAGGUUAAAGAGCUACGACAAGAAAAGCAAUUGGAUAAGCUGGAAAUGGAGAACUUAACGAAGCAAAUAACAGAGAACAAGUUUGUUAGGAAGAACAAAGAACAUGAUAAAAUUGAAGCUGCAAUUCAGUCAGUGAAGGAAGAGAUAGAAGAUGAGAGGAGGUUAAGAAAGCAUUCAGAAAGCCUGCAUAGGAGGCUGGCUAGAGAGCUUUCUGAAGUAAAGUAUUCGUUCUCCAGUUCUUUGAGAGAUCUUGGUAAGGAGAGAAAAACACGGAUCCUUUUGGAGAACUUGUGUGAUGAUUUUGCCAAAGGAAUAAGAGAUUGUGAACAUGAGCUACGUUCCCUUAUGCAUAAUGCUGAGAAGGGUCAAGUUAAAGGGGAUAACAUUGAUAGGCUAAUACUUCAUCUUUCAGAAGCUUGGCUUGAGGAGCGCAAGCAAAUGAACCAAGUUCAAGCAGGCAGUGAUCUACUUGAGAUAGAUUCAAUUGUUGACAAGUUAGGCGUUGAUAUUGAAACAUUUCUUCGUGCAAAAAGAUCUGUUAACUUGAGAAGAUAUGGUAACUCCUCCUCAAAGAAGCUCAAGGAAAUUUACCCUUGCUCGCAUUCAUUGGAUUCCUUUCUCCAAAAGGAGGGCAUAAGUGCACUUCAUAAUAUGGAUGAGGAAGACUCCAUUAGUACCCACAUUUUUAAACAGAAAAGGACUUCUGAUAAAGGAUUUGACAAACCCAGCUGCAAACUGAGCAGCAAUAAUACUGUAGAGGUCCAUAAAGAAAAAAAAAGCAGCCUCAAUUCAGAGGGGAGACAAGCUCAGUCAAAGGAAAUUACUGAGGACAGUGAGUUGGAAGCAAACGUAGGGAAGAACAUGUCAUGUGAUGAAAAUGAAAGUUGGAAUUUUGAGAGGAAAUCAAGUGAAAUGGGAGGGGACAGCACAGCUCUAUUUAAUACCCCUGGGGCAUCAACUGUUUGUGAGGCAACACAAGGUCCACCACAAAGUAAUAGAUUAUGGACAAAGAGAAUGAAUUCAAGUCACAGGCUUGACAACAUGGUUAGAAACAGAUCCUUGUCUUUCGAAGGUGAUAAACUUUAUACGGAAGAAUCAUGUGUCCAUUCUGCAGUUACUGGUAAUGUUAGUACUGUAAAACAGUGGAAACCCACAUCUGUAGUCCCGGAUUUUCACAAGUCUGAUUCUUCUUCCAAAUUGGCUAGGGGAGUAAUGAAGGACAACACAUUGAUGGCAAAACUGCUUGAAGCAAGGUUGGAGGAUCACAAAUCUCGCUCCAGGGCAAGCAAAAGUUCACUCUGAUCUACCAGAGAAGUUUGUGAUGAGAAACAUAAGAAUUUGAAUAGUUGCAAUGGUAUAACACUUGGUCUUCUAUAAAUGAGGUACUUAUUAACCUUUACUGUAAACGACUAUCUUAUUGUAACUUUACACGGUUAGAGGGAUGUAAUCCGAGUUGCGUCCAUUACCUGCCAAGGGAAAUUGCUCUUAAGUGUAUUUCUA